AUGGUGAUGGGAGCUGCCGGAUGGCAAUCCAAAAUGGUCUUCCACAUAAGGCCAUCAGAUGAUGUUGAGAAGACUGUGGACGAGAUCAACGAACAAACAGAGAACAUGAAACAAAUUCAGGUAGCAUUGUCUACUCCAAUUGGUGCAACUACUUACUUUAAUGAGGAUAAAUUGGAAGUAGAACUUGAAGACCUAGAGGGUGUUGAAUUGGAAGAACAGCUUCUUCAGCCUGCAACUACAGCUCCAACUGCUACAGUGCAUGUUCCAGCUGGGCUACAACCCACUCGCUCUGUGUCUUCGAAGCCCACUACCGAGGAAGAUGAAUUGGCAGCUUUGCAGGAUAAGAUGGCACUUUGA